AUGCGCACCACGAACAUCAAGCUCGGCACCGGCGCGCACCUCCUCCCCUUCCACAACCCCGUCGAGCUCGCACACCGCGUCGCAUACCUCGACCACCUCGCGCAGGGCCGCUACAUGUUCGGCAUCGGCUCCGGCGGCCUGCUCUCCGACCACGAGCUCUUCGACGUCAACUUCGAGGAAGGCGAGCACCACGCCCGCACCCGCGAGGCACUCGAAAUCAUCCUCGGCAUCUGGGGCAACAUCGACGGCAGCUUCGACUACGAGGGCAAGUUCUGGAACGACGUCACGCUCGAAUACCUCGUGGACAACCUCUGGAUAGUCGGCUCCCCCGACACCGUCGCCCGCAAGCUCAGGGACAUGUACGAGAUGGUCGGCGGCUUCGGCACCCUGCUCUGGCUCACCUUCGACCACUCCGAAAACCGCGAAGCAUACGAAAAAGCCAUGACCCUCAUGGCAACCGAAGUCAUGCCCCAGCUCGCAGACCUCACGGGCGAAUAG